AUGCGAAGAGUGCAGAAUGGGUUUUUCGGCCCGAACUGUUCUAGUCCCUGUAGAUAUCCGAACUAUGGGAAAAAUUGUCAAGAAAAAUGCAAAUGUGCACAGGAAUUUUGUGAUAUAGCAGAUGGAUGUCGAAAUAGUUCAGAGUGCAAAAUGGGUUUUUUCGGCCCGAAUUGUUCUAGUCCCUGUAGAUAUCCGAACUAUGGGAAAAAUUGUCAGGCAGAAUGCAACUGUACACGAGAAUUUUGUGAUAUAGCAGAUGGAUGUCGAAAUAGUUCAAAUUUCCUAGUUAUGGAAAAAGUUGUCAAUCUAAGUAUAGCUGUUCUAAGACAGUUUGUAAUCAUAUUACUGGAUGUCAAUUGGCCACAGAAAUUCCCCAAAUUUUUGUUGAAUGGAACACAACAACACAAAGAGAGGGACAGUCUUUAA